UUCACCUAUCCAUUUGUUCAUCGGUGGAAUAAACUUCAUCACAAUCUACAAAUUGUCAUUUGGAUGGAGUCACUGUCAGCCAAUUCAACUAAGAUUGGAGGCUACUGCUAUCUCAUCACAAACUGAAACUUGCUCCCCUGGCCAGAAGAUUGAUACAUUACUGCUGAGUAACAUCAACCAGUUAUGGGCUAAGACUACUGAAUGCAUGUCUCAGCCAGCUCAUGAGGUACAGCACCUAGAGGGCGCUGUUAAGCAAUUGAAUGCUGCUUAUGAGAACUCUCAAAGACUGUCUGACAAAUAUGCUGAUUUCUUAAAGCGAUACAACACAGAAGAUUCAAUACAAAAAUUAAAGGAAUGUAAUGAGUUCAAUCGUGCAAGAGAUGAUUUAGUAAUACAAAGGCAAAAGCAGAAGUAAAAAAAAAAAUCGCACAUCUCCAUGAAUCCAGAUCCCAUCGCUCUACAACUUCUAGACUCCAACAAGUCAUCAAAGCUCGCGCUGAUGCAGAAGCGUCUAAAAUCCAGGCUGCCUUCGGCCAAGAGAAAACGGUGAUGGAAGCUGAAGCUGCACAGAAGAAAGAGGAGAUGGAAGCUGAAACUCCUUGGAAGAAAGCAGAGAUGGAAGCUGAAGGUGCACGGAAGAAAGUGCAGAUGGAAGUUUUGAAGAAACAAUAUGAGCAUGCCAAAGACAUGGAAAGACUAAGAGUCUUAGAGCAGGCCGCUAGUGACAAUGAAAGAGUGAUCAGUAGCAGUCACUCUGUUAUAUCUUACACAUCAGAACUCCAUCACUCUGUCAUAGCAACCACAUCACUCAACUAAGUCGUUUUCUCUGUACCUACUGCACCCUCUCCAGUAGCAAAAACUGAUAUGGACAGAAAAGAUUUUCUACCUUACUAUGGCACUAACCAGUUACCUCCAAACACACCCACUACUAUACAGCUACAAACCAACACACCAGUGUUGAACACCUUAGCACCAUCUUAUGUUCCCAAGUCACUCAACAUCAGUGGCACUCACUGGAUAUGCUAAAUCACAAAUGUUUAUUUAUCCAUAUGCAAAGGCCACUUGUCCGAAACGCAUCCUGUGAGUCGCUACUUUGCACUGCCUUGCAUAUGGAUAAAUAAACAUUUGUGAUUUAGCAUAUCCAGUGAGUGCCGGGAUUCCUUCUACCUACUAUUUGCACCUCUGGUCCACACGCACCACCACCUAUACGAGUGCCGACUCCCUACUACUUCUACUCAACAUCAGUGUACUGGCCACUACAAAUAACUCUGUCCCACCUGCAACCUUAUACCCAAAGUCUGAAAACACAGACAUGUCACAGUUUGCUAAAUAUAUGCUUUGCAGAGAACUCACUAGGAUAGGCCUCACCAAGUUUGAUGACAAACCUGGAAAUUCACCUUUAAAGCCAACAUAAGCGAGCUAGAUAUCACUGCUGCAGAAGAACUGGAUCUACUCAUCAGGUGGCUAGGUCCCCAGUCUGCUGAAUCAAAAGACUGAAAACAGUUUACACUUCCAAUCCUGCUGCCGGUCUCAAGGCUGCUUGGGACUGACUUAAACAUAGCUUUGGCAGCACUGAGGCCAUCGAAGAUGCCAUAUUCAAAAGGUUGCAAGGCUUCCCAAGGAUUACCGCUAAAGACAAUCUAAAGCUUCAAGAACUCAGUGAUCUUCUACUAAAGCUUCAACUUGAUAAAGCUGAUACCCAUCUACCUGUGCUCAGUUACCUCGACACCCCUCGUGGCACUAACCCUAUUGUCCUUAAGUUACCAUAUAGCAUUCAAGAAAAAUGGGUUAGUCAGGUAUCAACUUACAAGAAAAAAUACGGAGCUGCCUUUCCUCCCUUUUCCUAUUUCUGUGACUUCAUGAAGGAAAUCACGGACUCUAAGAAUGACCCAAGUUUCUUCUACGGUGACUGUAACCCUCUCAGUCCACCAUCUCCAGGACUUGCAAACACACGUAUAACGCACAGAGACCACAGGGGUCCAGUAUCAGUGAAGAGGACUGAUGUUCAACCCACACCUGCUAUGGUUCUUCAAAAGUCUGGAAAAAACAAGAAACUUUAGCAUCCAAAUCGCCAAUGCCCCAUACAUAACAAGCCACAUCCACUCAAGAAAUGCAUUGGCUUCAGAAAGAAACCUCUAAAAGAAGGUAAGGAACUUUUAAAGGAACUUGGAAAUUGUUUCAGAUGCUGUGCUUCCACAGAACACCUUGCAAAAGACUGUAAAGCCAUCAUUAAAUGCAUGGAAUGCAACCAAGUACAAGCCCUUCAUCUGUACCAACACAGUUCUACUUCAUCCAUAGAUAUUCCUCCCAAGGCAAAGCAUGGUGGGGAGCACACUGAAUGAACAGUUGCCUCCACCCCAGUAUUCUCUACAUGCACUGAAGUCUGUGGGGAAGGGCUUUGUGAGAAAUCCUGUGCAAAGAUAUGCUUGGUUCAUGUAUACUCAAAGGGCCAACCUGAAAGGGCCAUAAGACUGUAUACCAUUCUUGACGAUCAGAGUAACUGAUCUCUUACAAGCACAAGGUUCUUUGAUCUGUUAGGCAUAGCAGGAGAUGCUCUACCUUAUACCCUGGGUACUUGUGCAGGCAUUACAGAAGUCUUGGGUAGAAGAGCCAGAGGCCUCAUAGUUGCUCCUCUUAAUAGCAACAUAGAAAUACCCUUGCCCACUAUCAUCGAGUGUAAUCAGAUAUCAACUAACAAGGAUGAGAUCCCCACUCCUGAAGCUGCUCUGCACCAUUCACACUUGAAGGACAUAGCUAACCAAAUACCAGCCUUUGAUGAAAAUGCUGAUAUCCUGCUGUUACUUGGGAGAGGCAUUCUAAGAGUACACAAGGUUCGCCAGCAAAUCAACGGCCCACAUGAUGCACCUUAUGCCCAGUGUCUGGAUCUAGAUUGGGUCAUCAUAGGCAAUGUCUGCCUUAGUAACGUCAGGAAACCAUUCCCAGUUUCUUCCUUUAAAACACAUGUUCUGCCAAAUGGACGCAUUACUUAUUUCCCACAUCGACAUCACUACAAUGUGAAAGAAAAGCUGUGGGACAAAGGUACGCAAGAGUGCAUCAUACUAGAUGACAGGAAAGCAUUUGUCUUCCGCGAUUACAACAUUGGUAACACAGUGUUUGAAGUGACCUCAAGAGACAAUGAGUUAGCAGCCACGAUGGAAACAAGGAAUUCUUGAGAACUAUGAGCAAAGAGUUCUACCAAGAUGACUCCAACAGCUGGGUGGCACUGCUACCAUUUCGCACCCCAAGGAAGAGGAUUCCUAAUAAUAGACAAUACGCAGAUUCAUGGUUUAUCUUUAUAGAGCGCAAACUGAACCGUAAUCCGGAGAUGAAGAAGCAUUUUGACGACUUUAUGCAGAAAGUAUUUGAGAGAGAUCUUGCCAAACCUGCACCCCCUCUUACACAAGGAGAGGAAUGCUGGUACUUACCAUGUUUUGGUGUAUACCAUCCCCACAAGCCUGACCAGAUUAGGGUGGUCUUCGACUCAAGUGCUCGUUACGAAGAUGUUUCUCUCAAUGAAAAUCUUCUCACUGGGCCUAACCUGAACAACAACCUCCUAGGAGACUUAUACCAUUUUAGACAAGAACCAAUUGCCAUUAUGGCCGAGAUCCAACAUAUGUUUCAUUGUUUCAUCUUCCGUGAAGACGAUAGAAACUUCCUCAGGUUCCGAUGGUACCGCAAUAAUGAUGUCAAUGACGAGGUUAUAGACUAUUGGAUGAAAGUACACAUUUUUGGUAAUAGUCCCUCCCCUGCUGUUGCCAUUUAUGGACAGAGGGAAACAGCCCAAGAAGGCAAACAAGAGUUCGGGUCUGAUGCACGUCAGUUUGUGGAAAGGAACUUCUACGUAGACGACGGUCUCAAGUCUCUACCUACGGAGGCAGAAGCCAUCGACCUUCUCACCAGAACUCAGAACAUGCUCGCUACUGCUAAACUCCGACUACACAAAAUCAUCUCCAACAGCAAUGAGGUUAUGAGAGCAUUUCCUUCUGAUGAUCAUGCCAUCAGUGUUAAGGAAUUCCAACUAGGGUCUGACCUUACCCUCAGUCAACGCAGCCGUGGGUUGCUCUGGGAUGUUGACCUCUUAAGGAUGCAGGGCGUACCUGUACGCCCUGCGCCCAGUACCGGUAUGUAACACGGUGUCACGCCGGAACCCCGCAUCAUACCAGGUCGGUCCCAUCGGCUAAUGGCAGCCGGGACCCUGGGCUAAUUGCGUGCGGCACCGAUCGUUGUGCCAUGCACUAUUACUCCUUUAAAAGUGGCAUUCAAAGUUGAUCACAGUGUCUAAAAUGAAAGUAAAAUCUUCCCGGCAGCUCAGUCGGGCUGAUCGGGACCAUUGCGGUGAAAUUGCCAUGUCCUGAUCAGCUAGAACGUGAACGGAGGUCCCCUUACCUGCUUCUGUCGCAUCCGAUCGGUGAUUGAUUGCUCCAAGCCUAAAAUCCAGGCUUGAGCAAUUGACUGCCGAUAACACUGAUCAAUGCUGUGUCGAUGCACGGCAAUGAUCUGUGUAUGAGAUCGGUAUGUUCAGUGUAAUAGCCACUAGGGGGGCUAUAACACUGUAAAAAAGUGUGAAAAAAAGUGAAAAAAGAUCAUUUAACCCCUUCCCUAAUAAAAGUAACAAUCACCCCCCUUUUCCCAUUAAAAAAAAAAAAACUGUGUGAAUUAAAAUAAACAUAUGUGGUAUCACCGCAUGUGCAAAUGUCUGAAAUAUAAAAAUAUAUUGGUAAUUAAACCGCGCGGUCAAUGGCGUACGCGCAAAAACAUAGCGUAUUCUUGGUCACUUUUAAUAUCAGGAAAAAAUUAAUAAAAAGCGAUCAAAAAGUCUGAUCAAUAUAUGGUACCGAUAAAAACUUCAGAUCACAGCGCAAAAAUUGAGCCCUCAUACCGGCCCGUACAUUGAAAAAUAAAAAAGUUAUAUGGGUCAGAAGAUGACAAUUUUAAACAUAUAAAUUUUCCUGCAUAUAGUUAUGAUUUUUUUUUUUAGAAGUAAUACAAAAUCAAACCUAUAUAAGUAGGUAAUAUUUUAACCGUAUGAACCUAAAGAAUAAAUGCAAGAUGUAAUUUUUACCAAAAAAUGCACUGCGUAGAAAAGGAAGCCCCCAAAACUUGCAAAAUGGAAUUUUUUCUUAAAUUUUGUUGCACAAUGAAUUUUUUUUCUGCUCUGCCGUGAAUAUUUUGAUAAAACAACUUUCACUACAAAUUAGAAUUUGUGGCUCAAUUAGGUGCAAAAUUUAAAGCGUUAUGAUAUUUAGAAGGUGAUGAGGAAAAAAUGAAAAUGCAAAAAUGGAAAAACCCUCCAUCCUUAAGGGGUUAAACAAGACGUGAAAAGCCCUUCACAAGACGCAGAGUACUGUCUGCAGUAAACUGUAUUUAUGAUCCUUUUGGAUUUAUAGCACCCUUUACUAUGAACACUGACUGGGAUACCCCUUUACCCAAAGAGAAACAGCAAAGGUGGGAAUCCUGGAAGCAGUCUCUCCAGGCAUUGGAACUGUUUAAGAUACAACAAUCUUACACUCUUGCAUCCUCGAAGAAUGCCACCAGACUAGAGAUCCAUGUUUUCUUUGAUGCAUCCAUGGAAGCCAUAGCUUAUCUCAGAGUUGUAAACCCCAACCGUGAAAUAGACAUAGGAUUUGUCAUGGGCAAGGCCAAGCUAACUCCAAAACCUGCACAUACUAUUCCAAGGCUUGAACUCUGUGCAGCCACGUUAGCUGCUGAAAUUGCUGAGCUUAUAAAGCAUGAAAUAGACUUUCAUAUUGACUCCUUUGACUUUUACACAGACAGCAAAAUUGUGCUAGGAUACAAGACAGUUCCAUGUGUAUGUCGGCAAUCAAGUGGAACGCAUUAGGAAAUUCUCCAUUCCAGCACAAUGGCACUAUGUGCCCACUGAUCUUAACCCUGCCGUGCAGUACCUGCUGCUGCUUUUCUGGAUACAUUGUGGAUAUCUCCACCAGUACUCUUGAAUGAGAACUUCUUCUCAAGCACUGUGAAGUCUACCUUUGAACUUAUCUAUCCAGAGUCUGAUAACAAAAUCAAGACUAAUGCAGUUACACUUAAUACCUCCGUAGAGGCAAAGGUAAAAUAAAAAUUUUACAGUUUUUUACGUUUUUCCAAGUGGUCUUCUGCCGUACAAGCCAUUGUACAUCUUAUUCACAUUGCUCAUAACUUUGCAAACAGCGGUGACAAUAAUCAAGAGUGUCAGAAGUGGCACAUCUGUAAAGGGCCCCCCCACAAUUGCAGAGGUUUCUAAAGCCGAAAGACUCAUCAUUUGUGUCCAACAUGAAGUAUGUUCACAAAUUAUUCAUAACAUGUCAAAGAGACUCAACCCAUCUAAAGAUAGUCCUCUAUACCAAUUGAAUCCAAUAAUUGACCAGAACAAACUAUUCAGAGUUGGUGGUCGCAUAGCAAGGUCCAAUGUGACCAGUGAAGAGAAAAAUCCCGUCAUCAUUCCAGGACGUUACCACAUUACUUCUCUGCUAGUCAGACAUUACAAUGAGCAGGUGCAACACAAAGGCCGUCACGUCACACACAGGGAACAGUAAGGUCUGCAGUUUUCUGGAUAAUCGGAAUGAAUGUAUAUACUCCAUACUCCAUAAAUGGGUCAAGUGCCAAAGACUAAGAGGAUAACC